AUGAAUAAAGACUCACGCUUUGCAUAUGUAACAAUUAAAAUUUCCUAAUGAAGACGAAAUCCUCAAUGUCUCCUAACAAGAACUUAAGGCAACCUGAAUAGAGUGCUCAAACAUAUUCCACUGGCUUCACAAAGAAAAACACUUUCAAGGCCUCUUAGUAAAAUUAAGCAGCUCUUUUGAGUUAACUUCCGGAGAUUCAAAAAAAAAGGAAUAAGAAUGAUGUAUUUGUGCAUUCACAAGAAUUCUAAGAAAUCCUCUAAAUCGAAUAAGAUGAAAGGUAUAAAUUUAUAAACCUAGCAAGGUAUCGAUAUUUAAUAAAAAAUGGUACAAUCAAGAAAAUAGAAAACGGAGGCAAUAUCAUCUUUUCUGAAUUGCAAUAGAUACCAGGCAUCUGGGUCUGUUAUAGAAGACCAUAAGAGAGAUAAACAAAUGCAGAAAAGUUAAGCCUUGACUGGCUUGAUCUGUCGCAUAUGCCAUUGUUGGAAGGAGAAGAAAAAUUAAAAAUAUUAACAUUUUAACAUAAUCGCAUUGGAAUAAUUUAAAAUUUAGUCUCCCUACCAAAUUUGUUGUAUUUAGAUUUAUAUGAUAACUAAAUAAAGGAGAUAGAAGAGUUAAAAUAAGUAUAAAAACUAAAAGUGUUGUUAAUGCCAAAAAAUUUAAUACGAAAAAUACAAAACUUAGAUUACUUAUUAAAAUUAGAGGUGUUGGAUCUACACAGCAAUAAGAUUACGAAUUUGGAAGGUCUAAGCAAAUUGAAAAACUUAAAAGUGCUGAAUCUAGGAAACAAUUUGAUCCAAAAACUUGAAGGUUUAGAAGAAUUAACUUCACUUAAUGAAUUAAACUUGAAAAUCAAUUAGAUUGAAUUCAUUGAUCAUAUCUAAGGUAUUUUAUGUAUCAAUUUAUUGUUAGUUCUCCCAUAAUUGCAGAAACUAUUUUUAUCUUAAAAUAAAAUAAAUUAAUAUCCAUUAAUUUUUGAUUUACUGGAAUUAUAUUUGGAUAACAAUCCAAUAUCAUAAAAUAAAUCUGAAUAUCAUAAAUAUAUAUGUUCCAAUUAUGAAAAACUUCGCAUAUUGGAUGGGAAAUCAGUAGAUUUAGUUAGAUAAGACAUGUAAUUCUUAGAAAUCCCUAAAAGUGAACCAAUUAAAAAAAAAAAUUUGAAUUAAUUGGUUUAAUAAUAAUAACAAAAGAAGCAAUAAAAAAUAAAUCAAUUUGGAUUGGAGAUCUAAGGUAUAGGUUAAGAUUCUAAAUUAAAGGAUGAUGCAAAUCAAGCUUAAUUAUCAAAAAAAGAUGCAAACAGUUCAAAAAAUUAGACAAAAGAUCUUUAAUUAAGUCAUAAGAAUUCUAUAUCGUCAAAUGGAGCUGAAGAUGAGAUAAUAUCUUUGAUUAAGAAAUAAUGGGGUCAAGAAAGCAAAAGGAUUUAAGAAUUAGAAUAAUCAUAUCAAAUAAACUCGAAAAGUUGCUUAGAACAUUAAAUUCUAGAAGGUGGACACGCUGAAGUGGAGGAUGUAUAAUUUGAUUUCAUUUUAGGAUACUUUCUUAUUAAUUUAUGGAACAGCAGCAGGGAUGGUGUUGCCAACUUAAAAUUUUAAUCAAAUAAUAGAAAAGAUUCACUUCCAGUAUAUGUUUUUUGAUUCACUUAUCGAUUCACAACUACAAGUGGUUAAAGAAUAUACUAAAUUAAAAGAAAUAAUUCUUAAAGAUAAUUAUAUCAACAGUCUACUUUAAUUAGCGAAAUUAGAAGUAUUUUCAAACAUUAGAUUUUAGCAUUUAGUAGAUAUUCAGAAAAUAACCAUUUAGAACAAUCAAAUAAACAAUUGCUCUUUUAUGUUUUCGUUUCUUGUAUAUAGAAUUCCUACUUUAAUUCAAAUUAACAAUAAGGAUGUUAGAAAUGAGGAUAGAUAGAAAGUAUAGUUUAUUGGCAUUUAAAAAAGGCAAAAUCGCUUUUCUCGAAUUUCGAUAAAGCAUUAAUCGUGCACGAAAAAGGAUAAAAUAGUGAUAAUUUUAGAUAAUUGAAAAGCUAUCAAAAAAAUAGACAAUAUAUUAAAACGUAUCAGAAGGCUUUGAAUGAAGUUGUGUUUCAAUAAAAAAUAGUUAUCAAUCAAUAGAAAUUAGUAAAUUAUAUAAUUUAUUUAGUUUGAUAAUUUGUUUGAAAAUUACCUAAAUUAAAUAAUCGAUGUAUGCAGAAAUAAGGAAAAAUGA